CUACUGUAAAUACAACGUCCCCAUGCAAAUAGCUACACCCAGGCCUCUCGGUGCUCCUAUCAAAACAGCACAGGCUGCAAAGUGUUAGUUGCGUGAAGGGUCAAACGGAAGUGCUACUUAUUUCAUACUUGAGUAAAUUUACCUGCCACUCCGCCAACUCUCCAUUGCCUCUUCAACUCUCAACUCUCAACUUUCAACGCUUAGCAUUGCAUUGUUGCUCGCCAACCCGAGUAAUCGGUUCCAGCCCUGCGGUCUACUCGGCUUCACGGUCGGCACCCGCACGUAGUGUAGGCACUCGCAGCAUCGACGUGAGACCAAACAGCCGCAUCUUUUUUGGUAUUUGAUACGGAUACGGAGCACAAGGUGACGGGAGCUUCCUCCAGCGUCGCGCCUAGGAAACUCAACGUGGUUGAAAGAGCUCUUCAGAAACAUCCCCAGUACUGUUACCGGUAAGCUUCACAUUACAUACAGUACACGCCCAUUGUAUGUUGACAGCGGAAGCGACGUCGGCAUCGGCCCCUAUCUCGAGCCACGCGUCGGUGGUGGUGGAGUCGACGGGAAGCUGGAGCUGGAGCUGGAGCUGGAGCUGGAGCUGGAGCUGCUGGGUGUGGAGCAAAGUUUAUUACUCGUAGCUGACUGCAUUUAGGGCACUCCACUGCCUCUCCUCUCCCCUCCCUCAACCCUUCCAUCAUGGCGGCAUAACGUACCCAAAUCCAGCAGCAGCAGCAGUAUCGCUACCGCAUCGCUACUCCGUACCGCACCGCACAGCUGCGCAUUUAGCGACCGCGAAAAUCCUCAAACCGGCGUAGAGUCCAAGGUCGGCCGUAUUGAUUCGAGUGAAACCUUCCUUAGCCUAUUCUGCUGUUUUGGGAGGGUCAAUGCUGCAAGGACUUCUGUUUCUGGCUCUAUCAGAUUUUUACCGGCCACCACUUUUGUUUGGGGAACACCCACCAUUGACCACUACCACCCGAACUGACAGGCAUAGGCACACCAGCGCAACCCAGCGCUCAGUUGCUCUCUAGGUAACUCCUCGCGCACCUGCACCCGCACCUGCACCUGCGCCUCCUGCAGCGAUGGAUUCAAAACCUCCUCCCAUCCCAACUCGCCAUAAAGGACAUGGCCGACGAAAGUCCCUUCAGGGCCCUUCCACUCUUCCCAAUCGCAUCCAUAUCCAGCCCGCAUCCCCCGAAGUCAUCUCAUCUUUAAUCACCUCGCUAUCCAUCAUCUCCUCGCCGGCGAACCAGUUGUUCGAGAACCCUGGCGGGCAGCAAUCUACUGCCGUAUCACCUGCGCCGACAAGUCGCACAUUCGGUGGACACGAUGAGAAUCGGUCAGUGGGUGGGAGUUUUGGUAUAGACUACGGCGCAUAUAACCAACCUUCUUUGCGACAACUGGUACAGCAAGAAUCGCUCGACGAGCUUGCCGCAAGCCCUCCCGUGAUUCGAACAGCGAAACCACCCUCUGGAUUCUCUCCUCUGACGGCACCGCAGUCGCCGCGAUCUUCACGCGACCCCAGUCCGCUGAAGACGUUUUUAAGGGUUAGCUCUCGCCCCUCGUCAAAGGGAUCAACCGGGUCGAGGGAGAGGGAUGAUGCGAGCAGCCUUGGCGGGAUAUCUGUUGAACCAGGCAAAGCACCUCCACCCGUUCCCGAAUUACGGCGCAAGCCAUCAAGUGAUAGUUGGGGAAAGAAACAAUCAAGACAGCGCAAGGGGUUGAUGUAUAUGAGCUCCAAGGAAAGACUGAGGGACAAAGAAAUCGAUCGCCAGAAAGGAAGCAGCGGGACUGCAAGGGAUCCGAAUAUAGACAACCAUCUACCCAUUCCAAGCUUUGAUCCGGAUACUUUUAUGGUAGGGACAGCAAUCGGUGAAGAGCCAGAAGAAUUCCCCACUAAGCCAGCACGUACAAGCCCAAUUGGGGAUAUCUUUGGACCGAACAUCGCCAGCUCUGUUAGUCAGGGUGGAAUAGGAUCGGGUCGAUUUAUACCACCACGAGAUUCAUCCUUACACAAGCCGGCAGCCGCAGGGAAAAAGCGGUCGUCCCAGAGAUCAAGUCGACAGAGUAGCAAACACCGCGGCACUGAGGAUGGGCCAGAAAGAAGUAUAAGGACAGCUGAAUAUUACCACCACAAACGUGAGCGAAGUCGGCGAGACACUCAAUUCUCGCCAACAGAAGGAAAUUCAAAAAUGAUGGAGCCACUGGAAGAUUUUGACAACUCGCAAAUGGCAAGGGCUUCAGCGCGAGCGAGCAAACAAGCGGCUGAAAAUACCAAUGAAGACGAUGUUGACGAAGGAGCCCCAUCCCCAUCUGUAGCCCAAAGACGGUCGCGCGAAAGUCCUGAGAGAUCUGAAAAGAAAGGCGGAAAAGGGCUCCCUGAGACACUUGAUGUUCCUCAUCCAAAGCGCUCCUCAUCACGACUGAAAAGAUUGUCUGCACCUCUAAGCCCCAAGGAAAAGGAGUCGAGCAGCUCGAGCAGCAACCAGAAGAAGAGAGUAUCAUCUCCGGAUCCAGUGAAGCCAACUCCAUUACACGCUGAGGAUAGGCCGAACAGUGCAGAUUCUAUUGACGAUGCAGUUGAAGCAUAUCUUUGCUCGCCCAGAUUGUCACAAAAGAUCCGACAUCCACAGACGGGCCGGACGAUUUCCUUUUCUGAAGUUGGUGAUUCUGAAGGGUUUGCUGUUUUCUGUUGCGUUGGAAUGGGCUUGACAAGAUACAUAACUGCAUUUUAUGAUGAGCUAGCGCUAACUCUCAAACUUCGUUUAAUCACACCGGAUCGGCCUGGGGUAGGUGAUAGCGAGCCAUAUACCGAUGGCACGGCGACUCCUUUAAGUUGGCCAGGUAUGUGAUGCUCUAUACGACAAUCUUUCCCGUGACUAACCUCUUAUAGAUGAUGUAUAUGCUAUUUGUCAAGCAUUGAAAAUUACCAAGUUUUCUAUCCUCGCUCACUCUGCCGGGGCAAUUUAUGCCCUUGCGACCGCCCUUCGUAUGCCUCAACACAUUCGCGGACGAAUUCACCUCCUAGCACCUUGGAUUCCACCUUCUCAAUUGAGCGUGUUAAGUGGCCAAGCAUCAUCGCCUCCUUCAAAUUCUAUCCCGACUUCUCAGCGCAUCCUCCGUGCUCUUCCUACCCCUAUUCUGAAAGCUGCGAAUUCUAGUUUCAUGUCCGCUACAAGUAGCUCAAUUACCAGCAGCCUUCCGAAAACUCCACGUCGUGGAAAACGCAAAUCUACUCCUGCUCGUGAUAGUCAUCUUGCAACUGGCAGGAGGACGGUAACACCUGGUCCUGAGAAGAAUGAAAAGGAUGUCCAUGGCAGAAACUCCACAGUUUAUCCUGAUCCAUCGACCCCGAGUCCGCUGGAACAAGCAUCAAAUGAUCCAAAUGACCCCAAUAAUGAAGCUGCGCUUCUAGCGGCCGCAGCUAUUUCACUAGCAGAUAAGGAACGACAGGUGACCUAUGAUACCAGACUCACUCAUGCUAUCUGGGAGUUGGCUACGUCUGGUGCGAACCCGGCUGUUGAUUUGCUAGUAUGUCUGGAACGGCGACACACUAUCGGAUUUCGAUAUGUUGACAUCACACGAGCUGUAGUCAUACAUCAUGGUAGUAAGGAUACCAGAGUACCCGUCGAGAAUGUCAGAUGGCUCGGCAAGACCAUGAAGAAAUGCGAAGUACGAGUUCUUGAGGGUGAAGGGCAUGGACUUAUGGCAUCUGCGGCAGUCAUGGGUGGUGUUCUCAUGGAGAUCGCGAGGGAGUGGGAGGAUUGGGUCAAGAUCACGGGGGUUGGCAGUCCUAAAACCGAAGGCAUGAGAAGAACCCUUCGAGAGCGUGCCAGUGUUGGAGCUUUUCGAUGACAUGCAUUGCUUUUUAGCAGGCAUUUUAAAUAUGGGAAGUUGCCAUUCUGGAUUUUUCUUGGGCGUUGAAAUGGUCUUGGGAAAAAUGGGCAUUGGAGAAGAUUGUCUCUUUUUUUUUCUUCGUGUGUAUGUUUUUUUGGGGUGCGUCUGGAGUUUGAAUGCGAUGACUUGUAUGAUACUUGUACCUAGCUUACUUUGUAAUACCCCUACGAUUCCACUUAAUGUAAUAUCUCUUGCUUGAAUCGGA